AUGGCUCCGUCUGUUACCAAUACCACCCCGGAUCUCGUCCCUGAGCCUGUCUCCAAGCUCCCCGAGCGAGCCGAGGACGAUGGCUCCGCCCUGAACGAGCACGAGCGCGCCGAGAUUGCCUUUGUCGACAAGUACAGCGCCCCCGAUGUCUACAUCAACGCAAAGAAUGACACCCUGUGGUUCCCAUGGAUCGGCCCCAUUGAGUUGAAGCCCAUGCGCAUGGAGAACAGGACCGGCACCUUUGUGGUCGGCCUUCGAUCCAAGGUCGCGGCCAGUCUGGGCAAGCACCGUCACCGUGGCACCGUCACGGCCAUUACCAUGUCGGGAGAAUGGGGCUACAAGGAGUACGACUGGGUUGCUCGCCCAGGCGACUGGGUAUGCGAGAACCCCGGCGUCAUCCACACCCUGUCCGUCGAGGACGACACCGACAUUGUGUUCACCAUCACUGGUAGCAUUGAGUUCCUCAACGACGACGAUAGCUUGAAGUUCACCCUGGACAUCUUCAGCUUUGCCAAGAUGUACUACGACCACUGCAAGGAGAAGGGUAUCAAGCCCAACGAUGCUCUGUGGCACUAA